AUGGCUUUGCAGGACUUCGUGAAACACUUCGAUAGAUUCUAUCUCUGCUUGAGAACAGAUAACAGAUACCACUAUACAAUGAGAACUUCUUUCAAGGCUGGUUCUAAAUACAAAGUUAAUGAUGGAUCUGAAUACUUGACACAGUGGAAAUUGACGUUUUCAAAGCCAACGAAUAUGUAUAUUCUUUACGAGAAGAACGCUGUUGAAGGAUUGCAUCAACUCGUAAUGAAGAAGUCUAAAGAGAAAGUGUCACAUUUGUACCAAGGCGAUAAAUGUUUCCACGACGCUCCAUUUAGAAACAUGGAAGUUUCUAGCUGGAUUUACAAUGUCACGGAUAUCGAUGAACCUUGGUGGGUUGUUCCUUACGUCGUCGAUGGACCUGUCGACUGCGAUGUUUGUAUUCAAAUAUGGACAGAUAACGAAAUAGGAUAUGAAGAAGUUUUGUAA